UCAACAGGAAAGGCACAAGAUAAACAACAGCAACAGGUACAGCAACAGGCAAAACUAUUUUUAUGAAAUGUACGCCCCUGCCACAAUUUACAGAUGAAGUAAAUAACCCAGCAACCCACUUGCGUCACUGAGUCAACGAACGAAACAACAGAAAUUGCCAUAGUUUCAAACUCUGGCAAUGUAGAUCACCAGUAAGCAAAAAGUUGUAGUCUAAACGAAGUGCAAGUUCAUUGAUAAAAACAACUCACCUACCUACCAACCAGUCGACUUGAUAUAAGCAUAAUAACGAUGUAGACUGCUUCUGCAUCACUUCAGGUCUCUAAUUUGAUUCCACAUCAGCUGCAAACUAUCACCAACAGGUAGCAAACUACACGCUAUUCUCACAACAGCUUCGCUGCUGCUUGCUCGCACUACAACAGAUUCACAAAUACACGCUAUUCCUACAACAAAAACUGACUUAAUCGCUGGCUUCAUACUCAAAAGAAAACCAAAUUCACUCGAAGUUCGAUAUUCACAGCACAGGUUCAAAUUUACUUUACAACACAACUCUUUAAACUAAUACUAAGUUUAUUGUUGGCUUUACUACAGAUUUUCACCGUCUCCCGUAACAGUUUCAUAAGCUACCUCACAACAGAAUUCGUUGAUGCUUCUUAAUUGUAACAAGUUCGAAGUUGUUCAGUUCCCACAUGUGCCGAAUCACAUGCUAACCUCAGACAAGAGUCACAUCUACGAUUCCUGGUUGCAGUUACCUGCUAACCUAAUAACAUGUAACGAGCUUACCCGAAGACUCACUAAGUUACCCAUUCUUGUCAUUCCUUUGCUCUCACAUCAGUUUUAUAGUUCAUUCGUUAUUCACUGUUCGAACAACGAUUUUACCGUUACCUGAAAAACUCUCAACACUUAUCCAUCCACCCAGGAUUUCCAUGUAUACCAACCAGGUUAUCUAUUUUUUUUAGAUCUACUCGUCAUCAGUACAGCAGGUUUAAACUUAACCUCGGGCCACACAAAACAUCUACAGCUACUUGCUAACUUUGCAAUACAUCCGCAGUAACCAAAAACUUUUGCAACAUUUUCAGAAUCGUCCACUUGACUCAUAAGUCACAGAUAACCGCAGUCGCCUCUGAAUGAUUACUAGAAGUUAUCAAAGUUUGCAAACAUGCUCUCUACGUAAUUGCAAACUACACAAGUAAUAUCAACCAACCCACUUACUUGCUAUACAGAAGAUGCCAAAUUAACCUAUACCUACAGGUAACCGGAACUGCAAAACAUACCCAAUAACUACCCACCAUUUUCAAAAGAGUAAUUUUUUUCCACUCAUUCACCACCCGAAAGACAAAGAACAAAAUAGCAGUCAAUAAACAGAUUACCAGUAAAACAAUAAACUAUCAAGCAACUUCCAAACCACACUAAACUACAUGUAACAAACACAACAACCAACCUAGUAAAGUACUCAAUGCGCCAUACAGAGCCACCCUUACCCGUUUACCCACCGUUUAGCGCUCAAAGAACAUUGAAACGAGCGUUCGAGCGCUGGAUGAACUACAUUACAUUGAGCAUAGAAGCAACAAAUCGCUUCAAAUAUGACAAUUGAUAUUCUGAAAUUCAACUCUGCUGAUCCAAUAAAGAUGGUUGGUUGGAUUCCUAUCUUCUGUUCAUUUGCUGGUAUUUCUGUCCAGGAAUCUCUUCAGGCUGUUACAAACUGGGAUUUGGAGGAAUUUUCAAACACAUGAAUAAAAGAGUUUGUACACCAAAGUUACCUAUACAAUCAUUUGGAAUACUUUUCUUGCCAUAUUAAAAUAUAUCUUCACGUAUUAGUGUUGUAUGAAACGGGUUUACUAUGAAAAAUGACUACACGUACCGAUACGUUGAAGCCAAAUGGCACCUCCGAAGUGGGGACAACCUGCAAACAGAGCCCGGAUAUCAUGGAGGAAUCCUCCAACAGCAUGCCCAUGUCUGAUCAGUCUAUGCUUUUACAAUGGUCGGACGAUUCAUGUGAACCUGACAGCAGUACAUCAACUCAAACAAAAGGAAACAUAAAAGAGCAAAAACGAAGACCAAAACCAAAAGAUGGCACCAAGUUGAUUUGUCGUGUUUGCAAUGAUGUUGCCCUUGGCUAUAAUUUUGAUGCUGUCACUUGUGAGUCUUGUAAAGCUUUUUUCAGGCGGAAUGCUCUGAAGAAAAAGGUGUUUAACUGUACAUUUGAUGGUAACUGUAGAUUAGACCCACAUACUCGAAAAUUCUGCUCAAGUUGUCGUUUAAAGAAAUGUUUUGCUGUUGGUAUGAAAAAGGACUGGAUAUUAAAUGAAGAACAGCUUGCAAAACGGAGACAAAGACUUAGUUCAUCACAACAAAGUAAUACCCCAUUAAAUAAUAAUAAUAACUCAUCACCAUCUCCAUCAGCAUCCAGUAUCAGCUCAUUUGAAUAUAUGCAGCCACCAUAUGAAGACGCUGAGCCCGCGCUCGACGUCCCAAACUUAAAAACCUGGGUCUAUCCUGCAGACAAAUAUCCAGUCAGCCAUCACCUGUUUUGGAAUACCUUAGAAGUGUCGGAAUCAACUUCACAAACAAUUACAUAUAUUCGCAUGGUCGUCCAAGAACAUGAAAACACAUUUAAUGAAAACUACCCCAGUGGGGCUUUUGUAAUACCUAAAAACACUAAGGAAUUUUUUGUCCUUAGUAAUGUGUUCAUAUGUAGACUUAUCAAUUUCAUGAAAUACAUUCCAGACUUUCAAAAGCUGCCCAAAGAAGAUCGUAUAUCCAUUUUCAGAGGCAGCAUCCGUGAAGUAUCUUUAAUCCGAGCAUCAAUGGCAUAUUCAUAUAUUGAAAACAUGUGGGUAUUCAAAGACUGCAAUGGAGAGAAGAGUUACCUGGACACAAAUAUCUUAAAGGCAACACUUGGUGAUUGUUUGUACUCAAAGCUUGCACAGUUCAUUCGCAGCUUCAAAAUCGCCACAAACGACGACAAAGUUAUCAUGAUUCUCUUACUCCUUAUUGAGUUCUUUGACCAGGACAAGUCAAGUUUAUUGAGUAGUGAGGUCGUAGUAGCUGCUCAGGAAAAAUACACAUCCUGGCUCAAAACAUACAUUGAGUGUAAAUAUAAUGAUGAAAUCGGCAAAGUACUUUUCCCACGGGUUCUCGUCAAACUGAUGGACGUACGAGAAAUCGGUGAAAUCUGUAAUGAAGCAACCCAAAACUUUCUGCUACAAGGCAUUGAUCCUUUAACUGCAGAAGUACUUGACCUCAAACUAAUGGUGGACAAAAUUGGAAACUCGCCUUGAGAGUUUUCAGUAACCAUUGCAACAAAAAUUAUUAAAAAAUAAAAAUAAAAAAAACAAACAAGAACAGCAACAACAGUAACACCAACUAGUAGCGAAAGCGAAUGAAUGACCCUUAGCAAAGAGCCAAUACUGUUUGUGUUUGUUUUUUCAUUUUUCUCCCCUUGUCCCCCUCCCCUCCAGAUAUGAACAAAAACAACAGCAACAUGACAAAAGAUAUGAAAAGAAAAAAGAAAUGAAACAAAAAGAAAACAGAAAAAAUAACAAAUAUUAUUAUUAUCAUUAUUAUUGAUGCAUUUUGUAAUAUGUGUGUAUAUAUGUGUGUGUAUAUAUAUAUAUGUAUAUAUAUAUAUAUAUAUAUAUAGACACACACACACACACACUUUUUGUUACCAUUCUAUUUUUCUUCCAGUGAAAGAGAGAGGAAUUCCCUCCAUAACACUUUCCUCUAUCACCACCACCACUACCACUAUACUUUGUGUGCAUAUUAUGGGCAAAGUUUAAGAAAUUAAAAUCAGGGGAGAGAGAGAGAGAGAGAGAAGAGGAAGUUUGGGUUCAAGGAGGAUAAGGAGGAGGAACUGAUAAAAGUAAUUGGGCAAAACCGUGAUUUGAGAAGAAAAUAUGAUGGUGAGUGAAUGAAGUAAUAAUGAAGAUAGGAUGAGAGAGAGAGAGAGAGAGAGAGGCAGGUAGACUUUUACCAUUACUCACACAUGCUUAGGUACCUACAAAUCAUCCAUAUUUGAUAGCCACAAACUCCAUCCAGUGUUUCUAGAAGCUUCUAACAUGUUGGUUCAGGUAUUGUGCAGUUGUUUGUCAUUACUACAUAACUGUGUUCAACGACUGUGACCAUUUGCUAUUGAUAAUUGUUGUAACUGUUUUAUUGGUGUUGUUGUUUGUGUUGCAAUUAGAGGAAAUGACUCAGCACUACUCAUACAUGAUUAAACAUAACAGAAAAAUAGAAAAAAAAAUAACAAACACAUAACACAUGGGUAUGUACUUUCACAAACCCAUGUACACAAUUGUAGUCGCAAAUCAGCAUCACAAUAGCAGCCACACAACAGGCGACCAACAUGAGUUACAAAGCAAUCCCACCACAACGACACACAACAUGGUAACAGAAAUAUCAGCCCAUUUAUCUCAACAUCAACAAGGAUAUCAUGUAAUAAAAACAACAUGUAACCUCCUGAUGAUAGCAACACACAAAAGGAAUAACACAUAAGCAACAACAACACGUAACACCAUCAUGACAACAACAGAAACAUCAACACUAUUUUGUACAACAAAAUUGCAACAACACACUAUCAAUGCAUGAGUAAUGGAAAACAACAAAGUAGAAUAUAAAAGCAACAAGAACAAUGCAUAAUAUAGCAGCUUGUGACCUUUCACAUGUUUGCUCAACUUGCUAGAAACUGCAGUCAGACUUCUACCAAAUUACUCAUUGCUGUCUUUAUAAAAGUAUAAACACAGUGGAUCAUAUAAUCCUUGGUAUACUUCAUUUGUAAGCAAGGCAGGAUAGUCCCAUCUAAAAUGCAUUUGAUCAUGGCUCUUCUGAUCUAGAACUGACAUGGGUCUAAACAUCAAAAAUAUAUAGUUACAGUAUCAAUAACAAACAACCUGUCAAUGUUUCUACCUCCAUGAUCUGCCACACUAGGGGGUUCUAAAAUCAAAGAAUUGAACGUAUUUGGAAUAAGUUGAGCCCUUGUGACAUAAGCUAAUAUUCACUAGAAGCAUUGAUAUAUCAGAACUAAUCUAAGCUGUACUACUACACUUUCAUUACAUAACAGCUUCCUCGUUACACCAGCAGCAACAGCCCAUAGACUUAGCAUCAUAAUAGCAACACUGUAAACCAAAGGAACAACAGCAACAGGGAAAUGCAAUAACAGCAGCUAUUUAGAGCCUGAAGUAUUUUUGUAUAUCUGAAAAGGAAAAAUCUUCACUUUGUGUGAAGCAUAGCUUUGGAAUUGUGAAGAAUGUGUGUUGGGUAGAGCAUGAGCAGCACAAGAGGUUAUCAGAGAUCAUUUGGCCUAGUAUUUAUAAGUAGUACAGCAGUUUGAGCUGAAUGUAGUGUUCUUCCCCUGAAAUGUUGUUGGUUUGUUUUACUUGAUGUGCAAUGUUUACAAAAAGGAAUAUAUUGACAGAAUCGUUAGCAUGUAAUGAAGCAUUUAGUUAUGGAAUUUUUACAUUCAGAUUCUAUCACAAUCGACUUUUACCUUUCAUUCUUCACUGAAGUACUUAGAUUCAGUAUGAUUGACUGUGAGCUGAUGAUUUCACCUGUGCAUGAUGAUUUGGUCAGCCAUUCAUUAAUGAGUAGGUAGAAAUUACCUAUGCACAUACAAGGGCCUCCAAGUACUGAAUCCUAAAAUUUUGUGCAACAUUAGUGUCAACUGGCUUAUGAAAGAGUAAAAAUGAGAAGAUUAGCAACUAUUUAUGCAACUUUUUGGGGGGUGUUAUUUUAGGGGAAAACUACAAGUUGGCAAGUCUUAUUGUUUUGUAGAAAUGUUUCAAAUAUUCUUUGUUCACAGAAGUCUGCUGACAGACAGGUAUAGGUUGCUUAUGAACAGAGCCCACGUGCAAGAAGUGUGGCUAGAGUGAUCAGUAAUGGUGUGGGGUCAUAAACAGAUAGACUUCUCUGAGUGACUGUUUAGGGUUAAGAAUUACAGUGUAUAACAGGGGAAAGGUGUUGUAUGAGAAAUGACAAUUGGGCUGUGAGGGAAACCCAGAAGUUUUGGGGAGAGUGCUGUUUCAAGGUGGGAUGAAGUAUAGGAGCUAUUGAGGUUGACUGGUUACAUGUAUGUUUUUGUGAGAUAUAUAUGUGUGUGCAUGUGUACAUAUAUUAAGAGAAGCACUACACAGUAUUAGGAACAAUAGCAAUGUAAGAUUCUCUCUCUCUCUCCUUGUAUGUAUAUAUAUAUAUAUACACACAGAUGCACAUAUAUUAGUGUGUGUAUAUGUGUGUUUGUGUAUGUAUGUAUAUAUAUAUACAUACACUCACAUUCACAUUUUAUAUACACACAACGACAACUCGAAUACUUCAUGAUAUAUGAUUUUAUAUAUAUAUUAAGUCAAAGAGAAUGUGUACAACAGUGUGAUCAAUGAAUGUCUGCUAUGGUCUUAUUUCACAGUAUGGACAAAUAAUUGAGUGUUAUCACAUAUAAUCAUCAUCAUCAUAAUCAUUAUUGUUAUUCUUAUAUUUUUUCUGUUUUUAACUGGGAACUGGAGUGGUAAAAAUGGCAUUGUAGAAUAAAUGCUUAAAAGUAUUCAGUUUUUAGUAAUACUAUAGUCUGAGUUCGACCCCCUACUGAAAUCACCAUUGUCCUUCUCUUCUCUAGAGUGAAUACAAAAAAAAAGUACCAGAUAUGUACUCAAAUCAAAUCAAUCAACUUAUCUUUCUACAAAUCUGUGGGUUUGUACCAAUGUCAGAAAUUGUUAUUAUUAUUAUUACUACUAUUAUUACAGAAACAGUAGGAUUCUCGACUAAGUAAUACUAAUCAUUUGCUGAAGUUGAUUCAGUUGGCUAUAUUGCAUUUCUUAGAAUUCUGUAACUGUGUCACUGUGAAGAAUCAUCAUUAUUCUUGUCAGAGAUUAUUACUACUAUCAAUAUUGACACAUUACAUAGUGGUAAGUCUACAAAACAGUCUCAGUUCAUAAUUUAGAACCACCUCAUUUCAUUAAUUACUGAUGACCAUAAGAAGAAGCCACAAAUAUAUUUCAUUUUACAUACAUCUUACACUGCAGGAUUUUCCUUUACGUCAGCUGUCAACUGGAGAUCGCAACAAUUUUCAUCUUUACUUAUCAUAUUGCUCCCUCCAGUGGUGCCAAGCAGCAAUGAUGCUACCUGGGGAUUAUCCAACUUCUUUUGGUCCAUAUCAUGAAGUUUUUUUAAUUUUUACCUACCUCUUUCUUAUUUAUAUAGCCAUCUACCUUAUGUACUUCUUUAAGUAUGACUUUCUUUAAAAUCUCAAAAAUCAAUGUUAUGAUUUUAUUUUUAAUGUAAUCCAUGAAAUUGUGGUCCACUAGUAUAACUUCUGAUUUUUCAGUGUUUAGGAUUAUUGUUCAAUGUUCUGAGUUCAAACCUUGUCAAGGACAACAUUGCUUCUCACACCUCUUGUACUGAGGGAGUUAGUAAAAGUAAAUACUCAUAGACAGUGGAAUUGAUUCAAUCACCAAUGUAAAACCUAACAUUUAUCUAAUACCAAAUAAUCCUCAUUAUGUAUCCACUAUCAGCUUUGUUUUGGCAGUUUUGCCUGUAAUAUAGGCAUUGCACUUUAGAUAUGCAGGCAUAAAAUGUCCAUUUCACAUUCUGUAUGUGCGAUCUCCAUCUUCAUCACAGAGGAAUCUUGUCCUAAAAUUUAUGAUUUAAAACAUAGUUUUACUUUUCCUUCAAAUCAGUUAGGAGUUUAAGAGAGAUUCAUAUACAUAGCUACAAUUGAGCAAAUCAAAGGACUAUUGUAAUUGGAGCUUAAAUGGUUUGUAGAGAAGAUUGUGUUGUUUGUUGUGGAAGGUACUGCAUGAUAAGGCUACAGAUUUGUUUUUGUUUUUUUUUUCAUUUCCAAUCGUAAUUACUUAAUUUACAUCUCUAAUGGUUUUUGACAAAAGCUUGAACCUUCCUACCACGAAAACCUUCAAUUUUAAGAACUGUAUCUAGUUCAUUUUCUUUUACAUUAUGUUAUUGUUAUUAUUAUCAUUAUUAUGGUAUUCUGUUUUUUAAUGUUCUGAUUUCAUAUACCACUGAGUCAUUCUUUGAGAAAGGAAGGGAUCAAUAAAAUAAAGUACCUGUCAAGUACUGAGAGUAAUGGUAAUGACUACUCCCCACCUUUACAAAAUUGCUGGACUUAUUCCCAAAUCAGAUGCCCUUUAUCAUUAUUAAGGAGUGAAAGAAAUGACAAAACUCAGUUUUCCUUUACCUUCAUUAUGGCAUUUUAGAAAGAAUCAAACAUCACAUCACAGCACUUAGUUUCUUCUACCACUGUGUAGCUCAAUUUUAAAAAGUAAUCCUAGUUAAUAUUAAUUUUGUGGGUCGGCAUAAAUAAUAAAGACCUGGACUAGAUAGUCUUUUACAAUUUAGUUGCAUUCAUCUAUGCUGUGAUUUUAAAUCUUGCCUGGACAAUUUUGCUUUCUUCUUAUCGUAUGUUGAGAAGAUAUGCACUAGUCAUAUACUAGAAUCAGUUUGAGUAUUUUUUCCAAUAACCGAAGCAAUAGUUGUGAUAAUAGCAACCUCUCUAUGUUAGCAAUUAAACUGCAUCAUCAAUAACAGACAAUGAUAACCACAUCAACAAUAUUAUAACAUUAUCUUCUUAAGUGGUGGUCUUGGAAGUGUGCACGAGGAGCUGCCUUGCUUAGUAUUAUAGCAUACAAUAAUAUUGUUGAUGAUAAUUUCAGAAAAAAAUAAAAGAGAACAAAAUAAGGAAAAUGUAAUUAACAAAAUAAUUGAAUUGUAACAAUAAUUUGUUUCAUAUUAUUAACAUCAGCGAGAUAGCAGUAGAUUAUGAACGUUUCUCAGACUUCUAGUAUAUUGGUUUCAAAUUUUGGCACAAGGCCAGCAAGUUCAGGCAAGGGAGAAAGUUGAUUACAUCGACCCCAGUCCUCAACUGGUACUCAUUUUAUUUACCCCGAAAGGAUGAACAGCAAAGUUGACUGUGGUGGAAUUUGAACUCAAAAUGUAAGGAUGGAUGAAAUACCACUAAGCAUUUUGCUCAGCAUGCUUAGAAUUCUGCCAGCUCACCACCUUAGACUCCUAAUAUAUUGAUUUGUUAUCCUGGAACUACAGAAUGUUCCAUACAACAAAGUUGACCAAAAUUAACACCAGUACUUGAUGCCUAUUUUAUCAAACCCCACAUUAUAAUGAUACAGUUAAGUCUUUAUAGGCUUUGAACUCACAUUAUACAUCUAUUAGUUCAUCUAUCUGUCAGAAAUUAGGGUGGUCUUCUAUCUAGUAAAAGAGAUUUCUCACCAAUUUAAUUCCUGCAAAUCCCUUAGUUACUCCUAUUCAUAUUAAGCCUGAGUGAUAUUUUUUGCUUGCUUAUGUUAUUUUAAGUUCAAUUCCUAAUAAGUUGGGAGGUGUGGUUAGUUUAGGAAUAUCUAUUGUUGUGUUGUUUGUAUGUCCUCUUUUACAUAUUAGAGGGUGUAUGGGGUUAAGUUAUAAUUUUUUAGGACAGUUUUGCUUUU